AUGUUUAAGAGCGUAGAGUACUUUAAGACAGAUAAGGAUGCACCACCGGAACUUGAAGUAGAACCUAAGGCGGAAUUAAAGAGUAAGAAUGCAGGUAACAAUAAAAGUAAUAGGGAAGAUGAGGAGGAUGAAGAUGAGGCAAGGGAUAAAGUCCAAGAUUUACACAAACUACCACAGUUUCAAAAGAGACCCUUAAGCGAUACUCCUGUUACCAGUGGUUGGAAUUCACCCACAGAUGCAGUAACACCUUUAACAUCCCCAGAGCCGAGCUGCACUAACCUAGUCUCAUUGAAUAUUCCUGCUUUGCAUGUCAACUCCAGGAUUACUACUAAUAGCACCUCUGACAACAACAACAUCAACAACAACAUCAACAACAAUAACAACAACAACAACAACAACAACAACAACAACAACAACAACAAUCCACGAACUGCUAUUCAUCAGCGACGCAUUGAUGGUACAGAUUCACCUUCAAAGUUCCCUCAUCCAACGAGAAGACCUACGACUAUUGACGUCCCAGGUUUAACUAAAUCUAAAUCUUCACCAGAUGGUACCAUUUCUAAAGAAGAUCCAGGUUCUAAAUUGGUUAUCGUUAUGGUUGGGCUUCCAGCAACUGGUAAGUCUUUUAUUACAAACAAAUUGUCCAGAUAUUUGAACUUUUCUAUGUAUUACUGUAAAGUUUUCAAUGUUGGUAACACUAGAAGACAAUUUGCCAAAGAGCAUGGAUUAAAUGAACAAGACUCCAAUUUUUUUAGUCCAGAAAAUGAAAAAUACUCAAAAUUAAGGGACAAGUGGGCCCUUGACACUUUAGAUCAAUUAUUGGAUUACUUGUUGGAUGGUCCCGGUUCGGUUGCUGUUUUUGAUGCUACUAAUACGAAGAAGAAACGCAGAAGAGAAGUUUUGCAAAGGAUACGGCAAAGAAGUGCUCACCUCAAAGUUCUCUUCCUAGAAAGUAUUUGUUCUGAUGAAAAAGUGGUAGAACGAAACAUUCAAUUGAAGUUAUUUGGCCCCGAUUAUAAGGGUAAGGAUCCAACUUCCUCUCUAAAGGAUUUUAAAGAACGGUUAUCCAAUUAUUUAAGAGCUUAUGAACCUAUUGAUGAUGAUGAAGGUUUGCAAUUCGUUAAGAUGAUCGAUGUAGGGAAAAAAGUUAUUGCAUAUGAGAUUCAGGGGUUUUUGGCGUCCCAAACGGUUUACUACUUGUUAAAUUUUAACCUUUCAGAAAGACAAAUCUGGAUCACCAGAAAUGGAGAAAGUGAAGACAAUGUUAGAGGUAGGAUUGGCGGUAAUUCCCACUUGACUCCUCGUGGUGAAAAAUACGCGCGUGCAUUAGCCAAAUUUAUCGAUCAACAGCGGUUAAUAUUCAACGAAAAAUUUUUAAGGGCACAACAAGAAAACAACAAGGCUACCUCUUCGACGGCUCAGUGUAACGAAUUUUUUGUUUGGACUAGUAUGCGUGACAGAUCAGUGGAGACCAGUAGUUAUUUUGACGAAGUGGACUACCCCAUGAAACAGAUGAGAAUGCUUGAUGAAUUAAGUGCCGGUGAUUUCGAAGGCAUGGCUUAUCCAGAGAUUAACGAGAUUCAUCCCGAAGAGUUAGAGAAACGACAUAAGGAUAAGCUAAGGUACAGAUAUCCUGGUAUUGGUGGUGAGUCAUAUAUGGAUGUUACGAAUCGAUUACGACCAGUAAUUGCAGAAAUUGAAAGAAUUGAAGAUAAUGUCCUCAUCAUUACACACAGAGUAGUGGCACGAAUUCUGUUGGGAUACUUCUUAAACUUAAACAAAGAUAUCAUCACUAAUGUUGAUGUCCCGCUGCAUUGUGUCUACUGCCUAGAAAUGAAACCCUAUGGUAUUGAAUGGAAGUUAUUCGAAUACCACGAAGAAAAUGAUAAUUUCUCAGAGGUACCAAAAUCAGAAAUGAAUAUCACAAAAGUACAAGAAAACGAAUUGGUAUUUCAGGAAAGAAGAUAUUCAUUGGUGCCUACAGCGCCACCAUCUGCCAGCCAUCCAGGUUCGGAUGGUAAAAAUUCGGACAAAACUGGUGUAACUAGAUCUUCAUCAUUCACAGCACCAGCCGACUCCGAAACGUUUUCUGGUUAUGCCGCUAAUGUGGCACCAUCACAUGGUGCAAUGCCUUGUGUCGUUGAAGGCAGUGGCGGCAAUUCAGUGUGUGGUAAUCGGACUAGACCAACUGCUCCCAAUAAUACUGUGAGGUCUUCGCUUUUGGCUAAUCAUGAUGCAGAUUGCAAUCCAAGACCCGCUACAACAGGAACUGUGGCACGUAAUAGGUCUAACAGUGGUCAUACUUUUGAAAUUGAUAAGCUGAGUGAGAAGCUAUCUCAGUUGAGGGCAAAUUUGAACGAUAAAGAGAAGAGUAAUGAUUGA